CUGUCUCACUUUCUCCUUCGGUUGAUUAUUCUCUCUCUCUCUCACUCUCUCUACGCACUGAAUUUUCUUCCUCCCUCUUCCUACCAACCCAGAUCUACUCCUCCACAGACGAGUGCCAAAGUCCUCCACCGGUCAACGUCAAGAGAGAGCUCCGAUCUGUGAGCUUCGAUCUCAAAAGAUAAAUUUGCUCUGAUCUAUAAGUCUUACUAUCAAAGUCCUUCAUGCACUUGAUUGCGAGCAGACGAUGUAUAACUGCACCAGUGCUCUCUGUCACUGACAAACACUCCAUUCAGUGCUCUGCUUUCUUCUUCCCUAAUUUAUUAUCCUUUCGUGCGUUAAUUUUUUAAAACUAGUUGAAUACUUUUUUUAAUACACAUCUUUAGUAUAUUUCCCGACAACAAUUCUAUGGGCACAGAAAAGGCCUCCUCCUCAUCCUCAUGUUUUCCUUCUUCUUCUUCUUCUAUUGUGCCUGGAUUGAGGUACGAAUACCACGUCUUUAUCAGUUUUAGAGGCUCUGACACGCGCAAAAAAUUUACAAGCCAUCUAUACGAAGCGUUGAAACGGAAUGGCAUAACCACAUUUAGGGAUGAUGAAAGUCUCGAGAGAGGAGAAUUCAUCUCCCCAGAACUCAUGAGAGCAAUUGAAGAAUCAAGAUUUGCUGUCGUCAUUUUCUCUAAAAACUACGCUUCGUCGAGUUGGUGCUUGACUGAACUAGCAAAGAUCGUCGAGUGCAUGGACAAGAAGAAGCUGACAGUUCUGCCUGUUUUUUAUGAUGUGGAUCCUAGUGAUGUGCGCAAACUGAGGGGGACUUUUGCAGAAUCUUUUGCAAAACAUCUCAACGAUAACAAUGAGAAUGUGCAAACUUGGAAAGAUGUUGUGACAAAAGUUUCUGGUAUCUCUGGAUGGGAUUUACGGGAUGAGAGUGAAUCAUCAGUUAUCGAUAAUAUCAUUCAAAGGAUAUCCCUUGAAUUGGAUCACAAAUUCUCAUUUGUUUUCGAGCACCUUGUUGGAAUGGAUUCCCGUGUGAAGGAAAUGUUGGAUUUAUGCACGUGUGAAGGGUUGGAUUGUGCCCACUUUGUUGGGAUUUGUGGGAUGGGUGGAAUUGGCAAAACAACUCUUGCCCAAGAAAUUUAUGGUAGAAUUUAUAGUGGCUUUGAAGCUUGUAGCUUUCUUGAAAAUGUGAGGGAAGAUACUAAAAGUAAAGGUUUAGUUUCUUUGCAAAAAAUACUUCUUUCGAAGAUCUUCAUAGGAACUAAAAUAAAUAUACAUGAUUUGUAUGAAGGAAUUAAUGUCAUAGGCACUAGACUACACAAUAAAAAGGUUCUUAUUGUUCUUGAUGAUGUGAAUGAAGAAAAACAACUAGAAGCAUUAGCAGGGAAUGGUGGUUGGUUUGGUCCAGGAAGUAUAAUCAUUGUAACAAGUAGAGAUAGGCAUUUGUUGAGAAGGCAUGGAGUGAAACAUAUAUAUGAAGCUAAGGAGCUGAAUAAAGAUGAAGCUUUGAAAGUUUUUAGUUGGAAGGCUUUCAAGAAACCUCAUCCAGAACACAAUUAUGUGGAUUUGUCUAUGGAAUUUGUGAGAUAUGCUAAUGGCCUUCCUUUAGCUCUUAAAGUUUUAGGUUCUUCAUUGUUUGGUAGAACACCUGAUGCAUGGAGAAGUGCUCGAGAUAUACUAGUAGCAAACCCUAAUAGAGGCAUUAUGAAAAUACUUCAAGUAAGUUUAUUUGGGCUAGAGGAAACACAGAGAGAAUUGUUUUUAGAUAUUGCAUGUUUCUUUAAAGGAGAGCAAGUAUAUCGCAUAAGAGAUACUUUAGAAAAUUUAGGUCACUAUCCUGACUACGAUAUGUAUGUUCUUAUGGACAAAUCUCUCAUAACCAUUGCAUCAGAUGGAACUUUGACGAUGCAUGAUUUGCUACAAGAAAUGGGUCAAGACAUUGUUCGUUGUGAAUCCCCUAAAGAGCUUGGUAAACGUAGUAGGUUAUGGUGUUACAAGGAUGUCUUGCAUGUAUUGAAAAAUAAUACUGGAACAGAGUUUGUUGAAGGUAUAGUCCUAAAGAUGCCUGUGGAUAAAAAUGAACCCUUAAGUGCCGAAGUCUUCUCAAAGAUGAAAAAUUUGAGAUUUCUUAAAAUUGGUUGUGAGGAACCUCUACAAGGCUUUUAUAGAGUUCUUGUCCAACUUCCAAAAGGCCUAAGUUAUCUUUCUAAUGAGUUACGCAUAAUAGAUUGGCAUGGAUAUCCUUUAAUAUCCAUGCCAACCAAUUUCCAACCAAUUAAACUUGUUGAAUUGAGAAUGCAUUGUAGUGGCAUAAAAAAAUUAUGGAAAGGAAUUAUGAUAUUAAACGAAUUAAAGCUCGUUGACUUGAGUCACUCUCCAAAGUUAAUUGAGAUUCCGGACCUUAGUGGAGCCUUAAAUCUUGAGAAAGUGAUUUUUAAAAGUUGUACAAGACUAUAUAAGAUUCAUGCAUCUGUUGGAGAUCUCAAAAAGCUUAUUCAAUUGAAUCUAAAUGGUUGCAAAAACCUUUCAAGUCUUCCAAAGAACCUUGGAAAUCUUGAUGGCCUGGAGGAGCUAAACGUGAGUGGAACUGCUAUAGAGCUAUCUUUGUCCUUCAGUCGCUUCAAAAAUCUCAAAAAACUAUCUAUUGGUGGAUGUGCUCUUCCAUUAUCUAAACCAUUCAAAAAGCUCUUCAAUUUUCUUUUAUUCCAAAGGAGUCCAGAUCCCAUGGGCAUGUUAACGCAAACUUUAUCAAGCUUAUCCUUUUUGACAUCUCUUAAUCUAAGUUAUUGCAAUCUUCAUACAGUCCCUGAUGCUAUUGGCUGCUGUUUGUCAUCUUUAAAUCAUUUAAAUCUAAGGGGAAAUAAAUUCGAUUGCCUUCCUAAAAAUAUCAUUCGAUUAUCAAAUCUGGAGUCUCUUUUUUUGAGUGAUUGCAAGGAUCUACGAUUACUGUCAGAGCUUCCAUCAAAUAUUAGGUAUUUUGAGGCAGAAGGUUGUACCUUGCUGGAAACAUUACCUUUUACACCAGAAGAUGUUUUCAGUCCCGAUCUCUAUCUUAUUAACUGCGUCAAAUUGAUCGAGAAUCAAAGUUUCGGUGACAUGUUCUCAACAAUGCUGGCACGUUACAUUCAGAGUCCUUAUGAUUCAAGUUAUCAAAAUUUUAUCAUACCCGGAAGUGAAAUUCCGAAAUGGUUUAGCCAUCAAAGUGAGGGGACUUCACUGAAUCUACAAGGCCCUUCAGAUAUUACGGGAAUCGCUGUGUGUGUUGUUUUUGCAAUCCGCCCCUAUCUUUCACUUCACCUUCCUCCUUCGGAAUUUUAUAGAGCUACACAUAAUAUUGGUCUUUCCUGUGAUGUCAAUGGAUAUCGAAUUCCAGUAAACUUAGGGGUUGGUCUUUCUGAACAAUUUGGUAAGAUUGAAUCAUGUCACCUUUGGAUAAAAUAUUUUCCUCUGAAAAGGAAAAGGGGCAAGGAAUUGAGUCAAAUCGAUGCUAAUCGGUUGAGUCAGAUUGAUGUUAAACUUGAAAUAAGCCCCAUGGGUCCAGGCUUGGUGCUAACAAAAUGGGGAGCCCGUUUGGUAUACGAGCAAGACAUUGAAGAUCUCAAAGAAAAGAUGCCUGGGUCCAGCAGCUGCAGCAUCACUCCUUAUGAGGAUAAUUUAGACGAUUCAGCAACGGAUACCAAAAUUAAGCGAAGUCGUGAUGACUUUGAAGGAGAUGGGGCAGGACCUCGUGGAGAAGGUACCUCUAAUGAAGUAGACGAGCCACAGCCAAAGCGGAUACAUACAACACCCUAAUCUAAUUGAAAAUUGGAUUGGGAAUUUAUGCACACAAGGACAAGGCGACUCUAAUUGUGAGGAAGAGGAGUCCUAGUGACAAUGGUAGCAUUGAUGACUCGGCAAGAUUCUAUCUUUGAUUUUUUUUGCCUUAUAUUGGGUACGAGGAAGUUUUUGGACUUCGUUGGAAUGGAGAAACUGUGUCAUACUCACAUUGCUUGCUGACGGGAAAGCAUGUACAACUAUUGUAUGGUAGUUAUUUUUGUUCAAUUGUGUUGGAGGGAACCUUCUCACUGUAGCAUGAUGGAUAUCUGUUUAUCCAUAUUGUCCAGAGGAUAGCACUACUUUCCUGUACGUACAAGUGACAUUCCAUGAACAUGAUCAGCUUUAUAAUCCUCUAAGAUCAUCUGCAGCCAUUGAUGUACAGAUAGAAUUGAGUCCACUCUGAUAUUCGAGGGUGAAGCAAACCACAAUGCCCUUGCAAAUGGAUAUUUGUUACAAGGGCCAUUUUAUUGGACUUUGUUGGUGAGGACAAAUUGUCGCACUGCUAGCAGACAAGAAGAUAGGUGCAACUGGUUGUGUGCUCAUCAUUUUAGUUCAAUUAUGGGAGGUUGAGGGAUUAUCUGCUAUCAACUAAGUAUUCAUCUUUAUUGAGGAUUCGAUUCUUAGAAAUUUGCCAAGCUUGACAGUGCCGAAUUGUGGUCACAUUGAGGUUUCAGUUGUAAGCUACUUCCCACUUUUGAUGGUGCUGAAGUGUGGGAGAGGUUUCUUAUUCCCUCAAGAGCUUGAGGAGUUUGGGCAAACAAUCAUUGAGUGCUCUACUGAUGAGCCUUCUCACAAUAUGGAUUUCAUCCAUCAAUCAGUAGCAACUGAUACUCCAAAUGAUAAGCAAAAGAGUGAAGCUGGUUGCUCCUAUGAGGACCUAUAUCCUGGAAGGUUGAGAAGACUUCUUUAUCCGGAGCAGAUCAUUACAAAUAACGUCUAUUGUGAGGACCAACACCUUGGUAAUCAACUCCACCAAAAUGAUUUAAUGAGGGGGAAUUGAAGACGUAGCUGUCAUUGGUGUUACUAGCAAGGAUUGUCAUUGGAUUGAUUGGACGCAAGAAAGGCUUUGUAAUUGAUUUAAGAACUUCGAUAUCUGUAGUUUGUAUACUUCUAAUUUGUUGGAAUGGACCUUGAUAAGUGAUAUCACCACCUAAUAAUAUUACAAAAUGUACUUCAUUCGAAGAUAGAAGAGACUUUAUUAGUUGAGCUAAGUCAUUGUU